CCUUGUCUCAAUUACCAAGUAAAUAAAUAUUCAGCUCAUAUGGUUCCCGUAUGUUAGAAUUCCCACAUAAAAAUUGGAAUUUCUUCUUAAUUAAACAAAGAAUAACUUAUAUGUAUAAAUAUUCUUAAGAAAAUCUGAUAUACUUUCCUUUCUUUCGACAAAAGAAAAUAGAUAGUUUAGUUGCAAGAAUUUUUUCGUCGAGACUUGUUAUCAAUAUUAGGACAAGCAUAAUUCUAUGAGUAUUAUGUUCAUGUAAACAAAGAAUAACUUAAAUCUAUAAAAGGUAUAAUAUAUGAAGCUCUCAUCAUUAUUUGAAACCAAAACAUCAGAAAAUUUUAGAAAAUACUAAAAAUAAGAGCAAGAAAAAAAAAAAAACAUGCCAUCUUAUACAAUACUACUCGAUAAACAUUAUCUACUAUUUGCAUCGCGUGGUUUACAAUGUGACGGCUGCAAUCAUGGUAAAGACUACUAUAGUGAAGGUUAUCGUUGCAUACAGACUCGACUCUACUUUCACAAUGAGUGUGCCAGAUCCGGUCUAGAGAUUCGCAACCUCUAUCAUCCACAACAUUCUUUGCACCUCAAGGUACUUGCAGCAAAUGAAGAUGUCAAUGGAGAAUGCAAGCUUUGUAGAGGUAACUUGGCAAAGAUGUAUUAUUAUUGUUCAAUAUGUGAUUUUGCCAUCGAUUUAAUAUGCGCAAGGAAAAAAGUUGUGACAAAAAUUGAGGGUACAAAGACCCACGAGCAUUCUUUAUCCCUUGUUUCAAAGAUGAUUAUGUUUACUUGUCAUUUAUGUGGACUGCUUGAUGACCGGUUUCCUUAUGCAUGUAACUUAUGUGAUUUGAGUUUUCACAAAGAUUGCGCCGAAUCAACACCAGAUAUCAACUACUCUUGUCAUCCUAAGCACCUUCUCAAGCGUCUUACGCAUGUUCCAAGUUACACCGAUGGAAAAUGUUGUUUGUGUGGAAACAAACUUCAUAACUUGUUUUAUCACUGUUCUAUCUGUAAUUUCAGUGUGGAUGUCAAUUGUGCAAAUAAUCCACCCGCUUUCAUUCUAACCAACCUUAAGGCUCAUGAGCAUUCACUCAUCCUGAUGCCGCAACGAAGUUUUGUAUGUAGCGCUUGUGGAAUGGAUGACGAUCCAAAUCCUUACGUAUGUCCUCAGUGCAAUUUCAUGAUUCAUAGAAAUUGUAUUGAUAUACCACGCGUUAUAAAGAUCUAUCGUCAUGAUCACCGUAUUUAUUACAAUCAUUCUCUAGACGCUGGAAAUUGGAAAUGUGGAGUAUGUCAUAAAAAGAUAAACUGGACAUGUGGGGCUUAUUCUUGCUCUCAAUGUCCUGAUCUUGCCAUUCAUUUAAGAUGUGCCACAAGAUUUGGGAUAUGGGAUGGGGUUGAACUUGAAGGCAUAUCAGAAAAUACUCUAGAGGUGAAACCAUACGAGGAGAUCGAAGAAGGAGUAAUAAAGCAUUUUAGUCACGAGGAGCAUACUUUGAAGCUUAAAGAAGAAAGUGAUGCUAACGAUGAAUGCGUAUGGUGUAAAGCAUGCUUUAAUCCCAUAUUUUCUAGUCCAUCCUAUAGUUGCAUGGAAUGUGAUGAUUUCAGCCUUCAUAAAAAAUGUGCGUAUCUUCCAAAAAAGAAAAUAAAUUCCUUUUACAAGAUCUCGACCACUCUAAUCACAAGUUUCUCGGAUUUCUCGGCUGAUUCAAUAGGCAUUUGCGAAGCUUGUCAGAACUUUUUCCAAGGUUUUAGGUACAAAGGUGAUGAGAAGAGAAUGAUCAUGGAUGUGCGAUGUGGUUCUAUUUCCGAGCCUUUUUUCCAUGAAAGUCAUCCUCAUUUGUUAUACACCAACUACUCAUCAGGAGACCGAAUUUGUAAUGCUUGUGGAGAUAAGGCAACAAUGGUUUUGAGUUGUGAAGAAUGUGAAUUUGAUUUAGACCUUAAAUGCUCUAGUAUGCCCAAAAUUGUUAAACACGAAAAUGAUAAAGAUCAUUUUUUGUCUCUAUGUUAUGGAGAAAAAAAACGUGACCAAUGCUGGUGCGACGUUUGUGAGGAAACAAUAAAUCCAGAGCAAUGGUUCUAUUCAUGUGAUCAUUGUGGCAUCACUUUCCACAUCAGAUGCACACACGGAGACUUCAUAUGGUUUAAACCGGGAAAACAUGAUGAAUCAUCCAAGGUUUAUGUGAUUCUUAAUAAUCGUGCAACUCGACCAUUUUGUGAUUAUUGUAAUUCUCGAUGUAAAUACCCAACCACCUUGAUAGUUGGUACGGGUACCUUGUGUUCUCAGCAAUGCUUCGAAAAAAAAUUAAAGGAAGUGGUGGUAAGACACCGUAGAGAAGUUCAAGCUUGGACUGAAAAUGUGUGAUUCAAGGGAGCUAUUCCACGUCAUGCCUUCCGCAUGUGUUCUCAGCAAUGUUUCGAAAAAAAAGAGGGAAAUAUGGAAAUAAAUCUUAUGUAAUUUCUCAAAUAUUUUAUUACAAGAAACAAAUUAGAUGAUGUGUUGCAUGUUAAUAUUAUUUAUCUCUUAAGCAUCAA